UCAACGCAGCAGACAACAAACAGAGAGACAAGAACAUGACGGGCAUUAAGAUCACCAUUGACGCUGAGUCCAACACCAUCUCGGUGUGGAACAACGGUAAGGGGAUCCCGGUGGUGGAGCACAAAGACGAGAAGAUGUACGUUCCUGCGCUCAUCUUCGGACAAUUACUCACCUCCAGCAACUACGACGACGACGAGAAGAAGGUCACAGGUGGAAGAAACGGAUACGGAGCUAAACUCUGCAACAUCUUCAGCACCAAAUUCACUGUGGAGACGGCCUGCAAAGAGUACCGGCACAGCUUCAAACAGACGUGGCUGAACAACAUGUCUAAAACCUCGGAGCCUAAGAUCAAGUUCUUCGACGGAGACGACUUCACGUGCGUGACGUUCCAGCCCGACCUGUCCAAGUUCCAGAUGGAGAAACUGGACAAAGACAUCGUGGCUCUUCUGACGCGCCGAGCGUACGACAUCGCAGGGUCCUGCCGGGGCAUCAAGGUCACGCUCAACGGGAAGAAGCUGCCCAUCACUGGUUUCCGCAGCUACGUGGAUCUGUACGUGAAGGACAAAGUGGACGAGAUGGGCGUUGCUCUGAAGGUCGUGAACGAGAAGGUGAACGAUCGCUGGGAGGUUUGUCUCACGCUCAGCGAAAAAGGAUUCCAGCAGAUCGGCUUCGUCAACUGCAUCGCCACCACCAAGGGCGGCAGACACAUCGAUUAUGUUGUGGAUCAGAUCGUCCACAAACUGAUUGAAGUGGUGAAGAAGAAGAACAAAGCGGGCGUCACGGUGAAGCCUUUCCAGGUGAAGAAUCACAUCUGGGUGUUUGUGAACGCGCUGAUCGAGAACCCGUCCUUCGACUCUCAGACGAAGGAGAACAUGACGCUGCAAACCAAAAGCUUCGGGUCCAAAUGCGUCAUGUCGGAGAAGUUCGUCAAAGCUGCGACUAACUGUGGGAUCGUGGAGAGCAUCUUGAACUGGGUGAAGUUCAAAGCUCAGACGCAGCUCAAUAAGAAAUGCUCCUCUGUGAAGUACAGCAAGAUCAAAGGAAUCCCAAAACUGGACGACGCCAACGACGCCGGAGGGAAACACUCGGCUGAAUGCACCCUCAUCCUGACGGAGGGCGACUCCGCCAAGUCUCUGGCCGUCUCCGGACUGGGAGUCAUCGGACGAGAUCGAUACGGAGUGUUCCCGCUGAGAGGAAAGAUCCUGAACGUGAGGGAGGCCACGCACAAACAGAUCAUGGAAAAUGCUGAGAUCAACAACAUCAUUAAAAUCGUGGGCCUCCAAUACAAAAAGAGCUACGAAGACCCCGAGUCUCUGAGGAGUUUACGCUACGGACGCAUCAUGAUUAUGACCGAUCAGGAUCAAGAUGGCUCCCACAUCAAAGGCCUGCUCAUCAACUUCUUCCACCACAACUGGCCGUCUCUGCUCAAACACACCUUCCUGGAGGAGUUCAUCACCCCCAUCGUCAAGGUAAACAAGAGCAAGCAGGAGUUUGCUUUCUACAGCAUCCCUGAAUUCGACGAGUGGAAGAAAAACACAGAGAACUUUAAAACCUGGCACAUAAAGUACUACAAAGGUUUGGGUACAAGUACAAGCAAAGAGGCAAAGGAGUAUUUUGCGGACAUGGAGAAACACCGCAUCACGUUCAGAUACAUCGGAGCGGAGGACGACGCUGCCAUCACUCUGGCGUUCAGUAAGAAGAAGACGGACGACAGGAAGGAGUGGCUCACAAACUUCAUGGAGGACCGACGACAGAGGAGGAUGCACGGCCUGCCAGAGCAAUACCUGUAUGGGACUCAGGCGCGACACCUCUCCUACAACGACUUCAUCAACAAAGAGCUGAUCCUUUUCUCCAACUCUGACAACGAGCGGUCCAUCCCGUCGCUGGUGGACGGUCUGAAGCCGGGCCAGAGGAAGGUGCUGUUCACCUGCAUGAAGAGGAAUGAUAAGAGGGAAGUGAAAGUGGCUCAGCUGGCCGGAUCUGUGGCUGAAAUGUCUGCCUACCAUCAUGGAGAGCAAGCUCUGAUGAUGACCAUCGUGAACUUGGCUCAGAACUUCGUUGGCAGCAACAACGUGAACAUCCUGCAGCCGCUCGGUCAGUUCGGUACUCGCAUCAACGGAGGAAAAGAUGCUGCCAGCCCUCGAUACAUCUUCACCAUGCUCAGUCCUCUGGCAAAGCUGCUGUUCCCGUCCGGAGACUCCAACCUGCUGAAGUUCCUGUACGAUGAUAACCAGAAGGUGGAGCCGGAGUGGUACAUCCCCAUCAUCCCCAUGGUGCUGGUGAACGGGGCCGAGGGCAUCGGCACCGGGUGGGCCUGCAAACUCCCCAACUACGACCCCCGAGAGAUCGUCAACAACAUCUACCGGCUGCUCAAACACCAGGACCCCCUGCCCAUGCUUCCCAGGUACAAGAACUUCAAAGGAGUGAUCCAUGAGCUGGGUCAGAACCAGUACCUGAUGAGUGGAGAGGUGUCGGUGCUCGACAGAACCACCAUCGAGAUCACAGAGCUUCCCGUGCGCACCUGGACUCAGUCGUAUAAGGAGUCCGUUCUGGAGCCCAUGCUGCAGGGAACAGAUAAAACUCCGGCUCUCAUCAACGACUAUAAGGAAUAUCACACGGACCAGACGGUGAAGUUCGUGGUCCGGAUGUCGGAGGAGAAGCUGGCUCAGGCCGAGUCCGUCGGGCUGCACAAAGUCUUCAAGCUGCAGUCAACUCUCACCUGCAACUCCAUGGUGCUUUUUGACCACAUGGGCUGUAUGAAGCGUUACGACUCGGUUCAAGAUAUCCUCAAAGAAUUCUUCGACCUGCGUCUCCAAUAUUACAAACUGAGGAAGGAUUGGCUGCUGGGAAGUCUGGGAGCCGAAGCCUCGAAACUGUCCAAUCAGGCUCGCUUCGUCCUGGAGAAGAUCGAGGGGAAAAUCACCAUCGAGAAUAAAAGCAAGCGAGAGCUGAUCCGCAUGCUGGUGCAGAAAGGAUUUGAGUCAGAUCCAGUGGCUGCCUGGACUAAAGCUCAGGAGAAG